AACAAAAAACAAAAAAAAAGACAGGAGAACGUCUGAAAAGCGGAGAUGCUCGGACGAACGAGUAUUUUAAAAACUUAGGAAAUAACAACAGUUUCCCCCUCCCGUUGCCUGCUUUUAUAUACGGCGUGAAGGACCAGCUGCGCGACAAUGUCCGCCCAAGCUCAAAUGAGAGCUUUGCUCGACCAGCUGAUGGGAACAGCGAGGGACGGUUCAGUGUAUCUUUGCCAGCCUACAUCAAUCUGCAAAGGAGUUGCAGAAAAGCCUCAUGUUCAUCGAGCCGAGAUGAAACGCGGCAGAGGGUCAAAUUCACGGAUGAUCGAGUCUGCAAAAGUCACCUCCUCAACUGCUGUCCACACGACAUCUUGUCCGGAACUCGCAUGGACCUGGGAGACUGCACCAAGAUCCAUGACCUGGCGCUUCGAGCCGACUAUGAAAUCGCCUCCAAGGAGAAAGACCUCUUUUUUGAGCUUGACGCGGUUGAUCACUUGGAGUCAUUUAUCGCCGACUGUGACCGCAGAACAGAGCUUGCCAAGAAACGCCUGGCUGAGACUCAAGAAGAGAUAAGUGCUGAAGUAGCAGCAAAGGCAGAGAAGGUCCACGAGCUGAACGAGGAAAUCGGAAAGCUCCUCGCCAAGGCAGAGCAACUCGGAGCAGAAGGAAACGUGGACGAAUCUCAGAAGGUUCUGCAGGAAGUGGAGAAGGUCCGCAGUAGGAAGAAGGAUGCAGAGGAGGAAUACAGAAACUCCAUGCCUGCCUCCAGUUUCCAGCAGCAGAAACUGCGCGUUUGUGAGGUGUGCUCUGCCUAUCUGGGUCUCCAUGACAACGACCGCCGUUUGGCCGACCAUUUUGGCGGGAAGCUCCACCUCGGCUUCAUCCUAAUCAGAGAGAAACUGGACCAACUAAAGAAAACGGUUGUGGACAAGCAGGAGCAACGCAACCAGGACCGCCUGAAGAGACGUGAAGAAAGGGAGAAAGAGGAAAAGAUGAAAAAAAGGACGAGAUCCCGCAGCAGAGAGCCUAAAAGGUCAGGUUCUCGUGACCGAAGGAGGCGCCGCUCACGCUCCACAUCACGAGACAAGCGUCGCUCACGCUCCCGGUCCAGGGAGAGGAAGAGGCGACAUCGCAGCCGGUCCCGCUCUCGCAGCCGAGGACACCGUCACAGUCAUGAGCAAAGCUCCAGACAUAAGUCUUCCAGAGACCAAGAGCGCUCGUCUAGAGACAAGUCACGGGAGCACGAUCGACGGGACGGCGUGAACGGCAGGUCGGACUCUCGCAGGGCCGACGACAGAGAAAACCUGUGAAGACCCAAAUGUCCAUUCAUCCUCCCACGCACACCCUUGUGUGUUCUUCCCCCAUUUGUCAAUUUCCAAGCCACAGACUGUUCCUUAUAGUCUCCAUAGACUUGACUUUUCUUUUUCUUUAAUUACUUUUUAUCAAGACACCGCUUAUCAUGAUGCAUUCUUCAGCCUGGUUGCAGAUCAUGCAGUACACAUCUUUGUAAUUUGGUAGACCUUUAUUCAAUAAACCGCCACGCCAAUAGAGAAAUUACAUUUGGUCUGCUUUUUUAAUAUUCUUUUGUCAUCUUAUGCAGAAUCCUACAUUGGAAUUUGGAGGGUCUUGAGUGUGAAACACAUUUCUGCUGGUAGAUUGCAUCUUUUUAUUUUAUUUUGUGUACUGUUUGAUCAACGCACUGUCUGAGUUUAUGAUCCCCAAUAUGAAAUAAUUCAAGUUGUAAGUUUCAUCAUGUUUUUUCUUCCAGUCAGUAGUUAAGGCAAUGUAAACUGAGGAGUGUUAAUGUUGUUGGAACAAUUUAAGUGUUCUAUUUUUUUGCCAGUUGAUUUAAAGUUAAUACAAAUGUUUAGAGGAUAUGGCUUUUGAGUUGGCAUGUGAAGCAGAAAGCGAGACAUCAUUUUUUGACGCACUGGAACUGCUUUGUGUUGAAAUGCAAACCGACUGUAAUGUUUGUGUGUGAGGUACAUCGCUUUACAUAUGUGAGGAUGCCAUCUUGUUCCACUUGGAUUCAUUGACAAAAAUAAAUUAACCCAUAAUAAAGUC